AUGACUAAGUUGGCACUGGGGGAGAAGAAGAGGUGUGCGGAGCCUGCACAACGUUCUGACAAAGAAAAUUUGCAGGAAGAGGGCAAAUCAAGUGGAGAGAGAGGUUGCCAGAGAAGAGCAAGGGACUUCUGCAACCCAGACCCUUGUGGAAAAAAAACGGCUAGAUGUGUUGCUUUAUAUAGCAGUUUUACCUGCCAGUGCCAAUAUGGAUUCUACUAUAGCAACGGGAAUUGUCAUGCAGCGAAAAUAUUCCCAGGGGUCAUUACACUGAAAAAACCUUACAGUAGCAGUGUUCAAAUCAUAAAUUCUCCGGAAUAUGAAGAAGUGUUCAAAAAUAUAACAACUUUGUUUAAGGAUAUCCUCAAAGAUUUAGAUGGCUUUGCAGAUACUGUCAUCGUGCAAAUUCACUCAAAUGUAACCAAUGAAACAGCUACUGACAUAAUAUCUGCAGUACGUGCUGCAAUACAAAAUUUGGCCUAUGUCUCUGACUACAGAGCUACAACGUAUUGUGCUGCUUUUAACUGUGAUGACCAAACCACAACCUGCAAAGAAGCUGAGUAUCCAGAAUGUGUAUGCAAAAGUGGUUUUACAAAGACAGAAUGGGAUGAACGUUCUUGUUCAGGGUGCAGUGAAAGCUGUUCUUCAGAACACGGCAAGUACUGUGAAAUAGUAGGAGCGGUUCCAACAUGCAAAUGCAUGCCUAACUAUGAAAACAAGACUGGUAACUGUGUACCUUGUCCAGUGGGCUACUCUGGGGACAACUGCGAGAACAAUACAGAACUCAUCCUUAUAACAGUGGGUACAGUGUUUGGAGCCAUAAUCCUGAGUUUGCUGAUAGCAGUCUCUAUUGUUUCAGUAAGAAACAAACACAGGCAAGAUCCAGAGCAGAAAAGACUGAUAAAGACAGGAUAUUCCAACUCAAAUACCUACGCUGAUAGACAGAACACGAUGUUCCCCAGAGUCCAGACCACUUCCGGCCACGUGAACCCAGGGUAUCAGCCAAACAACCCAUACGAGAAGCAUUCCACAAACAAAGGUCAAUUUCCUGAGAGAGAUUAUGAUGAUUUGUAUGAAGCAUCACAGGGACAUGGUGGCUUUAGGAUGCAGAGCAAAUAUUAA